AUGGCGACCGACUUUGCCUAUGGCCUUCCCGACCAGAAGGUCAUUUUCGAUACGGGCUCUUUCACAGGCUACCAUGCUACGCCCGAGUUGGGAAGCGACUACCUCUCUGCGGCCGAAACCUACAAGCAGCUAUUCUGCGGUAACGAGGAAGGAUGGGGCCCGCUCAGCCCGUUCCGGUACGACUUCACGCCAUGUUUUAUUGACGUUUGGCUCGCCUCGGUUGCUGCGUUUGGCAUCGUCGCCGGGUCUCUGGCCCUGUGGUGGUUGUUAAAGAGGAGGCAGCCGGCCAAGGUGGACAAAGACUGGCAUUUCUGGACGAAACAGGUCCUUCUUGCGCUCAUCAUCGCCGAUGUCGCCGUCCAACUCGCCAUCCAGAUCAUAAACUACCCGGGCAUCUGGUUCGGCGACUUCAGGGUCUAUUCCACCGUAGCCACGAUACUGUCUCUCUUUGUCAUCUUCUCCAUACAAUGGCUCGAACACACGCGACUCCGAAACGCCAACGGUGUUGUUUUGUUUUACUGGCUCUUCCUUCUCAUUGCCUUUGCUGUCAAGCUUCGGUCCCUCAUCUCACAGCACAUCUAUGCCAAGAAUCAGCCGUAUUUCAUUACCUACUGUGUAGGCUUCGGCCUGGCAGUUCUCGAGUUUUUCUUCGAAUGGCUGUGGCCCAAGAAGAACGACGCGUACGAGGUCCUGGUUGAAGACGGCGAAUGCCCGGUAGAAUACGCCACCGUGUUCUCCAUCCUUACCUUUUCGUGGUUGACGCCCUUGAUGAAGUACGGAUACUCGGAAUUCCUUACUGAGGAGGAUCUGUGGUCUCUGGCCAAGUCGGACACCACCAAGACAACAGGCAAGGCUUUUGAUGACGCUUGGCAAUACGAACUCAACCACCGGAAGCACCCGUCCCUGUGGAUUGCUCUAUUCAAGUCCUACGGCGGUCCUUAUAUACUCGCGUCUAUUUUCAAAGUUUUCAACGACCUCGCGGCCUUUUCCCAGCCGCAGCUUCUGAGGUUCCUCAUCUCGUACGUGGACUCGUACAAACCUGAAAAAGAACCCCAGCCUCUAGUCAAGGGUGCCUCCAUUGCCUUGGCCAUGUUUUCCGUGGCCGUCCUGCAGGCCACCAUGAUCCAUCAAUAUUUCCAGCUCGCCUUUGUCACCGGCAUGAGAAUAAAGGGCGGGUUGACCUCGACGAUCUAUAGAAAGGCACUGAAGCUCUCCAACGAAGGACGGGCGUCCAAGUCUACGGGUGAUAUUGUUAACUACAUGGCUGUUGACGCUCAACGUCUUCAAGACCUGACGCAAUUCGCCCAGCAGCUGUGGUCCGCCCCGUUCCAGAUCAUAAUUUGCUUGGUUUCUCUCUAUCAGCUGGUUGGCUGGUCGAUGCUGGCAGGUAUCGCUGUCAUGAUCCUCAUGGUGCCGAUCAACGGGUUUAUUGCGAAGUUCAUGAAGAAUCUGCAAAAGCAGCAGAUGAAGAACAAGGACGCCAGGAGCCGGUUGAUUGCAGAGAUUGUGAAUAACAUGAAGAGCAUCAAGCUGUACGCAUGGGGUGCUGCCUUCAUGAACAAGCUGAACUUCAUCCGGAAUGACCAGGAGCUCAAGAAUCUGCGCAGAAUUGGCGCUGGCCAAGCCGUUGCUAACUUCACCUGGUCAACGACCCCCUUCCUUGUGUCCUGCUUAACAUUUGGCGUGUUUGUCUUGACCAACGACGCCCCACUGACAACUGAGAUUGUUUUCCCUGCUCUGGCACUGUUUAACCUGCUCACAUUCCCUCUGGCGGUCCUCCCGAUGGUCAUCACUUCGAUCAUCGAAGCUAGUGUUGCAGUCGGUCGUCUUACUGCGUACUUGGUUGCUGAGGAAAUCCAGGCCGAUGCCGUCGAAGUGAAGCCUGCCGCGCAAGAAGCGGGAGACGAGACCGUUCUUAUCAGUGACGGCACUUUCUCGUGGAACCGUCACGAGCGCAAGAAUGCCUUGACUGACAUCAACUUCAGUGCAAACAAGGGCGAGCUCUCUUGCAUUGUGGGCCGUGUAGGAGCGGGCAAGAGCUCCCUCCUACAAAGCAUCCUCGGCGAUCUGUGGAAAGUCAAAGGCAAGGUUGUGGUCCAUGGAAAUAUUGCCUAUGUUGGCCAGUCAUCCUGGAUCAUGAACGCCACUGUUAGAGAGAACAUCGUCUUUGGCUACCGGUAUGACUCUACUUUCUAUGAGAAGACUGUGAAGGCUUGCGCUUUGCUGGACGACUUUGCCCAGCUCCCCGAUGGAGACGACACGGUUGUGGGAGAGCGUGGCAUUUCGCUCAGCGGUGGCCAGAAAGCCCGCGUGGCCCUGGCUAGAGCUGUAUAUGCUAGAGCCGAUGUUUACUUGCUGGAUGACUGCCUCUCGGCUGUUGAUUCCCACGUUGGCCGCCAUCUAAUCGACAACGUCCUUGGUCCCAAGGGCCUACUCAGCUCUAAGACAAGAAUUCUGGCUACAAACUCCAUCCCUGUGCUUAAUGAGUCGGACUAUAUCUGUCUACUUAGGGAUGGCGAGAUCGUUGAAAAGGGGACAUACCGUCAGCUCGUGGCAAUGAAAGGCUUUGUGUCGGAACUAAUCAAAACCACUGGCCAAACCGAUUCGAGCCAAAAUUCCGAUGAUGACGGAUCGCCAAGUGGUAGCGGUGGCCAGAGCGAAACAUCAACCAUUAUUGAAGCAGAGGGCAGCCAUGAGAAGGAAGAGCUGGAAGAGGCUCAAGAACGAGUCGGCGCACUUACGUCAAUCAGGUCCAUUCCCGGAAACUCUUCUACCCAAAAGAGAAGAGCCGAUAGCAUGGUGACAUUGCGGCGAGCCAGCACUGCCAGUUUCAAAGGGCCGAGGGCAAAAUUCUACGACGAGGAGAAUCCUGCCAAGACUAAACAAAGAAAAGAACACUCUGAGCAGGGCAAAGUCAAGUGGUCAGUCUACGCCGAAUAUGCCAAAGCUAGCAACCUCGUGGCUGUUGGUGUGUAUCUUGUUGCGCUUACUUCUGCUCAGAUUGCCCAGUUUGCGGGGAGCAUCUGGUUGAAGAACUGGGCCGAACGAAACUCCGACGCCGGGUUCAACCCCGAGGUUGGCAAAUAUAUUGGCAUCUACUUCGUAUUAGGCGUCGGUGCUGCAGGUCUGACUGUCGUGCAAACUUUGAUUCUGUGGAUCUUCUGCUCUAUUGAGGCAUCGAGAAAGCUGCAUGAGAAGAUGGCUACGGCAAUCUUUAGAUCGCCAAUGUCCUUUUUCGACGUCACACCAGCUGGGCGGAUUCUGAACAGAUUUUCGAGUGACAUCUAUCGCGUCGAUGAGGUCCUUGCCCGCAUGUUCAAUAUGCUUAUCGGGAACCUGGUCCGGUCAGGCUUCACGCUCGUCGUCAUUUCGGUGUCCACGCCCGCGUUUGUCGCAUUGAUCAUACCGCUAACUGCGAUGUACAUCUGGAUCCAGCGGUAUUAUCUACGGACAUCACGAGAGCUCAAGAGGUUGGACAGCGUUAGCCGUAGCCCGAUAUAUGCCCACUUUCAGGAGUCGCUCGGCGGUGUAUCGACCAUUCGGGCAUACCGCCAGCAAGACAGGUUUGAACACGAGAACGAGUGGCGAGUCGACGCAAACCUGCGGGCCUACUUUCCUUCCAUCAGCGCUAACAGAUGGUUGGGCGUGAGACUGGAAUUCAUUGGCGCCGUGGUCAUUCUAGCAGCCGCUGGCUUCUCGGUCCUCUCGGUCACCAAUGGCGCCGACCUUAGCCCCGGUAUGGUCGGUCUAGCCAUGUCGUACGCGUUGCAGAUCAUGGGUUCUCUCAACUGGAUUGUCCGCCAGACCGUCGAAGUGGAGACCAACAUUGUGUCCGUAGAGCGUAUUCUCGAGUACGCACGUCUCCCGAGCGAAGCUCCUGAGAUCAUCCAUCGCAACAGGCCGCCCGUGAGUUGGCCAGCCUAUGGUGAGGUGGAAUUCAUCAAUUACAGUGCACGGUACCGCGAGGGGCUCGACCUGGUGCUCAAGAACAUCACCUUGGACAUUAAACCGCACGAGAAGAUCGGCGUUGUGGGACGAACGGGGGCUGGAAAGUCGUCCUUGACACUGGCAUUGUUCAGGAUCAUCGAACCAGACACUGGCAACAUUACUAUUGAUGGCCUCAACACGUCAAGCAUUGGGCUUUUGGAUCUGCGGCGACGUUUGGCCAUCAUCCCCCAGGAUGCGGCUCUCUUCGAGGGAACCAUUCGAGAUAAUCUUGACCCCGGCCACGUUCACGACGACACGGAACUAUGGAGCGUCCUUGAACACGCCCGGCUAAAAGACCACGUCACAAGUAUGGACGGCGGCCUCGAGGCGAAGAUACAUGAAGGAGGAUCGAACCUAUCUUCUGGACAACGCCAGCUUGUGUCUCUAGCACGCGCUAUGCUCACACCGUCAAAUAUCCUGGUGCUCGACGAGGCCACGGCCGCCGUCGACGUCCAGACGGACGCCCUGCUCCAGGCAACGCUACGUAGCCCCCUUUUUUCCAACCGUACUAUCAUCACCGUCGCCCACCGCAUCAACACCAUCCUCGACAGCGACCGCGUGGUCGUGCUCGACAAGGGCGAGGUGGUCGAGUUUGACACUCCGCAGGAGCUCAUAAAGCAGCGCGGCGUCUUCCAUGGUCUCGUCAAGGAAUCUGGCUUGGACACAGAGUUCCAAGACUGA